AUGUUGGUCAGCAGAGACGCCACUGGCAUCGACCUUCAAAUGGAUAUCGAAACGUGUUCAUACAGGUUGAAUAUGAAUGCUGCUAGCGAGAACAGCACGGAUGGACGUUCGGCGCAGUUCCGCGGUUCAGUAGCACAGGGUAUCGAGCAUCUGAAGGAAGUUGGCACUCAGAUCCAACAGGCACUUUCUAAUUUCGGUGAUCUAUCAAUUCUAUGGAUUUUAACGAAAAUAAUUCGAAUUGACGUUGAUGUAGGUGUUCAGCAUGGUGGAAUUACCGAAAAAAUUCCAAAAUUGGAAAGUCCUGGCAAUGAAAUAACUGAACCAAAGAGAGAAGAAGUAAAUCUGACUGAGGAAAAAUCGUGCAUCUCUCCUGAAGCCAGUGACGCGAAAAGUGAGGAUGGCAAGCAAAAAAAUGAUUUGGAUUCCAACGUAGUAACGCUUCAGGAAUUCAAUGGUUUAGAAAAAUCUCUAGAAAACUUACACAUCACCAAGAAGUGCUCGGAAAACCAACCUGACACAGACGAAGCAACCAAGGAAGCUGAUAUGAAAUCACCGGCAUGUGAUAGUGCAGCGGCUGUAGAGGAUAACAUUUCGGAGGACUGGACGAUGUUGGAAAAUAUUAAUAAUUCUGGCAAUAAAACGAAUCUAGGUAAUGGCAAGCAGUCAUUGGCUGUUAAAGAUCUUUUUUAG